AUGGCUGCCUUGGGCACAUUGGGGAUGCAAUACGAUGACGUUCCAGCCAGCCCUGUGAUCUGCAUUCAGGAUGCAUACAAGAGCUACGGAUCUCACCAAGCUCUUGCUGGAGUUAACCUCAGCGUGUACCCAGGAACAAUAUUUGCUUUGCUCGGACCAAGUGGAUGCGGGAAAACUACUCUAGUCAAUGCAAUAGUCGGCAGAAGCGACCUAGACGCUGGAUCCAUUUUUACUAGUCUUAAAGAUCUCAAAGAAAUAGGUUUUAUGCCCCAGGAUAUAUCAUUAUUCACGAGACUUAGCGUCCGUGAAAAUAUGAGGUUUUACGGGUACCUGCAUAAUUUAGACGCAGACGAAAUUGAAAGGAGGAGUAAAUAUCUAUCUGAUUUGUUAGCCUUACCACCUUUCAGUAGACGCCCUCUAAAUUUAAGUGGAGGACAGCAAAGAAGAGUUUCUUUGGCAGUAGCUCUCUUACACGAUCCCAAAGUGUUAAUCUUGGAUGAGCCAACCGUUGGGCUGGAUCCAAUUUUGAGUAAAAAUUUUUGGGAUAGGCUACGGGAAAUGGCUAAUCAAGGAAAAACGGUAGUUCUCACAACACACUACAUAGAAGAAGCACGCCAAGCAGAUAGGAUAGGUCUGAUGCGAAAUGGAAAGAUGCUUACACAAGAUACCCCACUGGCUUUGCUCAAAGAGUACAAUACUGAUUACCUAGAGGAUGUAUUCCUCGCUCUCUGUUACCAAGAAAACAAUAAAACUUCCCGUAAAAUCUCCAAAGAAGAGACUAGUUUUUCUAAGGUCAGGACUUUUGAGAAACCCAAACGCAUCUCUCUAUCACGCAUAAAGGCCCAACUGUUGAAAAAUUUCUACGUACUUAAAAACAACCUGGUGUUGACAAUAUUUGGACUCAUGCUGCCUCUCGUAUUAAAUAUCUGUGCCAAAAUAGCAUUUGCUCAUGAUCCUUACUAUUUACCUCUAGCGAUAGUCAACGAAGAGUUUCCCGGCAGCGUUGAAAAUUGCCCUCGAACUUUCACCAAUAGCUGUAUACUAUCUAAUCCAGAAAUGAUGGCCAGCUGCAUUUUUCUGAACGAGCUAAAAAAUCGAACUUAUGUGAUGACGGAAUAUUCAAAUUACGAGGAUGCCCUCCAAGAUCACAUCCAUAAACGGAAUAGGGGAAUCGUUCAAUUCACAAGUAACUUCACCGAGUCGUUGAGCGAAAGAUUCAUGGUUGGACUUAUGGGUGCGUCCGAGUCUCUCUACGAAAGCAGCACAAUUCAAGUUCUUCUGGAUGGCGCAGGGAAUCUAUUUUGUAAACCAUAA